AUGUCGUCUGAGGAGUCUCCCACCGCACCAGCAGAUGUAGACCUUGCUGUGAUGGACAAUCAGGAGAUCCGGCAUCUCGCCAAGAGUCAUAGACUGGAACACUCGGGACUUUUCCGUACCCAGAUAGUCAAGCUUCUUCGCGACAACGGUAUUAGUUCGUCGACAAACUCAGCAGGUCAGUCUGACAAGGUGCGCGAUGUUGUUCAGCAGGCAUUGGCCGAUAUUGCAAAAAAUGUUAAAGAAUUGGCCGCCAAGGUAGCCCUAAUUUCUGCCUUGCAGUUGGAGGUGUCGUCCCUUCGAGGAGAAUUGGCGGCUCUCAAAGAAAGGAACUCUGAUCAUGACCCUGUACAAACUAGCACACCUGAACCUCAACCCGUACGUGUACAACCGCCUGCUGACAGCGUCAGAUUGUACAGCGCGGCGGCACGUGCACAGUCGUCACAGAAUUACACCCUGGUCAGACGCGACAGGCCAACUCAUGGCGGAGGCUUAGCAGCAUAUGUAAGAGAUCAUCUCCGAGCCCGAAUUGUGAAGGCUGACACCCAGGUGGAAAUGCUCAUGUUAGAGGUCAGUGGGCAGCGUUCCAAGGUUCUCCUUGGUGGUGUGUACCGUCCUCCAGGCACUCCUGUGCAAUUCUGGCAAGACUUGACGAAUGCACUAGACACUGUCAUCUCCACACUUCCCACGUCACCUCUGGUCCUUGUUGGAGACUUCAAUGUCGAUGUAAGCUCCCGCGACAGCCCCCAGCUAAACAGCUUGCUGCACCUGUGUAAUUCUUUCGACAUCAAGAACCAAGUGGACAGUCCUACCAGAAUUGGACCCCAAGGCAGCCAAACAACCCUGGAUCUCGCUCUGGUCAGAGACGAUCAUGUGAACUCUUGUGUCGUAGUACCUUGUACAAUCAGUGACCACUUCGCUCUGGCACUUGAUUUGCGACUCACAACGUCCUGCACACCGACCGUGCGACGUGGCCGUAACAUUGCAAGAAUUGAUAUGGGUCAAUUUGCACACCACCUUCUAAAUAGCGAUCUAGAGAACUUCUGCUUUACGCGGACAGAAGAUGAAAUGUGGGAUAUGUGGCUGGAGAAACUUGUCGCUGCCUUGAACACUCAUGCUCCUAUCCGUCUACACCGCCCAAGAGCUCCUACCCGGAAAUCCUUCCCCUGGAAGACGCCAGCUCUACAUGACCUAGUCCAGCGACGUGACGCGGCCCAUCGACGGUGGAAAGCAUCACCUGCAGACCCGGCACUACGCAAUGUCUUCACUUCUGCCCGAGACGAAGCCAAGCGUAUGUCACGACAUCUCCGAGCCACCUACUUCAGGGACCUUCUUGCUGCUAGUCAGGCCAACGCACGAAAAACCUGGCAGACCAUCAACUACCUCAGCGGUCGUAACAAGUCCUCAGUUCCACCAGCCGUCAGUAUCUCACAGCUCAGUGACCAAUUCAGCGGUGUUGUGCCAGACCGAACUAGACCACUACGUCUCUCAGCCCCAUUGGGUCCCACGAAGAAGGAAUGCCUCGAAGAAUUUGCUCCAGCAAGUGUGCAAGAGAUCGCUAAGCUGCUCUCCAACAUCGACGUGCGCAAAGCUGCAGGCAGCGACCAGGUUCCAGCUGCAAUCCUCAAACACUGUUCUCCUGUCCUUGCACCGUCCCUCACCAUACUAAUCAAUGCAUCUCUGGCUUCUGGUGUUGUUCCUGCAUCUCUGAAGAUUGCGGAUGUUCGUCCCCUCUUCAAGUCAGGCGACAAAGCUGUCGCUAAGAACUAUAGACCAAUAUCGUUAUUACCAAUAGUUUCCAAAGUCCUGGAACGGGUAGUCCACACGAGACUCUUUGGUUCAUGA